UGAUUAAAAAAAACAUGAUUUUUGUUUUUAUUUUUAAAUUAUUAUCAACUAGUUGCGUAGAUGCUCCGAUAGAACAAAAAAGAAUGCCUCCAUUCAAAGUGUUCUUCCUCAUUUCCGUAGCAAAAAUUAUUAUAUAAACGUCUAUAAGACAAUGCCUACGCUCUGGAUUCUGGUAAUAUUAAGUUGUUAAUAAAGUCAUUUGAUAUCUUACUACAUAGCUAAACAAGCACAUAAUUCGAGGAGAUUUGGGUUAGGGCUUCGAAAUGAUUAAUUAUUUUAGUUUUUAAUAUUUUGUGCUAAGGAGGAACAAUUUGACAAAACUGAUAUUUUAUAUUAACUUAGAUGGAAAUGAAUUUAAUGAAUAAUAUUUUAAUGUCAAAUAUGAAAACUCAAAUGAACAAAAAUUUCCCCUUUCUUUUGGCUCUAAAAUCUUGAUCUUAGUGAGUGAGACAGGUGUUCGACACAAUGCCUCAGUGAACCCAGCUCUGCUUUAAAAGCCACCUUCACUCCUCCCCAAGCACCACGCCAUCGCCGAGAGCAAACAGAGAUCAGCGUCCAUGGCGGAAGAAGACUUCAUCGACAUCGACUUCGCUUCCUUUCAGCCGGAGUUCGAAUUCCAUAUGACCUCCGACGAUCCACCCCUGCCCUCCCCCGCCGACGAGCUCUUCUACAAGGGCAAGCUCCUCCCCCUCCAGCUCCCCCCUCGUCUCCAAAUGGUCCAGCAGCUCCUCCGCAACGCCUCCUCCUCCGCCACCGCAACGCCAUACCACUCCUGCAACGUCAGCGGUGAGCUCAAUCCCGAGGAAGAGGACUACUUCCAGGACAGCUUCGCCGAGCUCAACCCCAAGAAAUCAUGGGCCAAGAAGCUCAAGGAGGCCACUCUCAGCCUCAAAGUCAAAGCUUCCAGAUCUUAUUUCAAAUCCCUGUUCCACAAACCUCGACCCACAAAUGACAAAUUGGAAGGCCCAAAAACCUCGAGGCGCCGUCAAAAUCCAAACAUGGCGGAAGACGAGAGCUGGAGCAAGUCCUCCGCCGCUUCUUCCAAGUCGUCGUCCUUCUCCAGCGAGUUCAGCGGCGGUAAGUCCAUGCUGAGGCGGAGCAGCAGCGCGAGCUCCGACGCGGAGACCUCGAUCCAGGGAGCGAUCGCCUACUGCAAGAAGAGUAGUCAACGUGUGGUUGACUCCGGUCACUCCGCUGCCAGGAAGAGCGCGAGCAAUGCCGGCUUCCACUUGCUCUCCGCUUCCAGAAUUGCACCGAACUGUGAUCAGGCGAAGCCUCCGAGUUAGAUUUGCCCCCCUUUUGCCUUGUUGUUCUUCUUCUCAUGGGAAAGAAAGAAAAAAGUUUCUGUAAACAAAGAACAGAGGACGCAGAGUUCGAAGGUUGACUUUUUGUGUCUUCCUCGCUUAAUUUUGUCUUCAUGCAUGUUCUCUGGAGCUGAUGGAGACAAAAGCAUGAUCAUGGUGCUGGCAAUAAUUGCAGAAACCCACCGAAGAACAAAUUGAUUCCUUGAUUGGAAUGCAGGAUAUGGAAAAAUAUUUGAGGUGUAGACAAAUAAUCCAUAAACUAAGCAAAGGUGUCUAAAGAGGAACUAAAGGAAACCAGAGCAACCUACUUGGAGUGAGAUGCUGUGGAGCAUUUGCCUGCUUUAUUUAUUUUGCAUUAGAUAGACAUCAAUGAUGAGUAUAGUCAAAUCUCUAACUUUUUAGGCUUUCUUAUGGCUUAAUUUUUAAAUUUAUUUUUAAUGUUUUUAUUGGUCACAAAUGCAUCAGAGGUUCACAUAAAUUUCUACGGACGGCCAAGAUAUCUGAAAUGAAUAUAAUCAUU